UCCCGGUAGGAAGCGGUCCGUGUGUAAACUCGACGUGUCCGGGAAGGCGCGCGCCGCUCUGUCCCUCGGCCGCUGAGCGCGAUGCUGGACCCGUCCUCCAGCGAGGAGGAGUCCGAUGAGCUGCUGGACGAGGAGCGGCGGGACGCGCUGCUGGCGGCGGGCGUGGGCUCCUCGCCGCGCUCGCUGCCGCCGCCGCCGCGGGACCCGCGGGGCAGAGAGGGCGGUGUGGGGCGGGCGGCGAGCCCCAGCCCCUCGGUGCUGAGCGAGGGCCGGGAGGAGCAGGAACGGCUGCAGCGGGAGGAGAGGGAGAAGCGGCUCCGGCUGCAGCUCUACGUCUUCAUCGCUAGGUGCAUCGCGCACCCCUUCAACGCCAAGCAGCCCACGGACAUGGCCCGCCGGCAGCAGAAGCUCAAUAAGCAGCAGCUACAGACACUGAAAGAACGUUUCCAGGCCUUUCUGAAUGGGGAGACACAAAUCGUAGCAGAUGAAGCAUUCUGUAAUGCUGUGCGAAGUUACUAUGAGGUGUUUCUCAAGAGUGACCGGGUUGCAAGAAUGGUUCACAGUGGAGGAUGUUCUGCAAAUGACUUUAGAGAUGUUUUUAAGAAAAAUAUAGAAAAGAGGGUCCGAAGUUUGCCAGAAAUUGAUGGAUUAAGCAAAGAGACAGUAUUAAGUUCUUGGCUAGCCAAGUAUGACGCCAUAUACAGGGGAGAAGAGGACUUCUGCAAACAGCCAAAUAGAAUGGCCUUAAGUGCUGUAUCGGAGCUGAUUCUGAGCAAGGAACAGCUUUAUGAAAUGUUUCAGCAGAUUCUAGGGAUCAAAAAAUUGGAACACCAGUUGAUCUAUAAUGCCUGCCAACUGGAUAAUGCAGAUGAGCAAGCAGCCCAGAUCAGACGUGAAUUAGAUGGACGUCUGCAACUGGCCGAACAAAUGGCAAGGGAAAGAAAAUUCCCCAAGUUCAUAACAAGAGAAAUGGAGAGCAUGUACAUAGAAGAGUUGCGGUCUUCGGUGAAUUUGCUGAUGGCAAAUUUGGAAAGUCUUCCAGUGUCUAAAGGUGGGCCAGAAUUUAAACUGCAGAAGUUAAAGCGAUCGCAAAAUUCUGCGUUCUUGGACAUAGGAGAUGAAAAUGAAGUUCAGCUGUCAAAGUCUGAUGUGGUCCUCUCCUUCACAUUAGAGAUUGUUAUCAUGGAAGUGCAAGGUUUGAAGUCAGUCGCUCCCAAUCGGAUUGUCUAUUGCACCAUGGAAGUGGAGGGGGGUGAAAAGCUUCAGACGGACCAAGCAGAAGCUUCCAGGCCACAAUGGGGAACUCAAGGAGAUUUCACCACUACUCAUCCUCGGCCUGUUGUCAAAGUGAAACUCUUUACAGAAAGCACUGGGGUUUUGGCACUUGAAGAUAAAGAACUCGGAAGAGUAGUGCUGUAUCCAACAUCCAACAGCUCCAAGUCCCCUGACUUGCAUAAAAUGAUCGUCCCCAAAAACAGCCAGGACAGUGACUUGAAAAUCAAAUUGGCAGUGAGAAUGGAUAAACCACCUCACAUGAAGCACUGUGGAUAUUUGUAUGCUCUAGGACAGAAGGUGUGGAAGCGGUGGAAAAAGCGCUACUUUGUUCUUGUUCAGGUUAGCCAAUACACAUUUGCAAUGUGCAGUUACAGAGAAAAGAAGUCUGAACCUCAGGAACUGAUGCAACUGGAAGGAUACACUGUAGAUUAUACAGCUCCUCACACAGGUCUUCAAGGUGGUCGAAUGUUUUUCAAUGCUGUUAAAGAAGGAGACACUGUAAUAUUUGCCAGUGACGAUGAGCAGGAUAGAAUACUCUGGGUUCAAGCAAUGUACAGAGCCACAGGUCAAUCGUAUAAGCCUGUUCCUGCAAGUCAAGCUCAGAAGAUGAAUAUUAAAGGAGGAGAUGUCAGUGCAGAUAUAUCCCCACUCUAUACAGAUCGUGGUCAGAAACAUGGCAUGGAAGAGUUUAUUUCUGCUAAUCCCUGCAAAUUUGACCAUGCUUUCCUCUUUCAACUGCUUCAGAGGCAGACCUUGGAUCACAGAUUGAAUGACUCCUAUUCUUGUUUGGGUUGGUUUAGCCCAGGUCAAGUCUUCGUAUUAGAUGAAUACUGUGCUCGCUAUGGAGUGAGAGGUUGUCACCGCCAUCUUUGCUAUCUUAAUGAGUUGAUUGAACAUUCAGAAAAUGGUUCUGUCAUUGAUCCAACCUUACUCCACUACAGUUUUGCAUUUUGUGCUUCUCAUGUUCAUGGCAACAGGCCAGAUGGAAUUGGAACAGUAUCUGUUGAAGAGAAAGAAAGGUUUGAAGAAAUUAAGGAAAGACUUUCUUCCCUUCUAGAAAACCAAAUAAGCCAUUUCAGAUACUGUUUCCCUUUUGGACGUCCUGAAGGAGCUUUAAAAGCCACACUUUCAUUACUUGAAAGGGUUUUAAUGAAAGACAUUGCCACUCCCAUACCAGCAGAUGAGGUGAAGAAAGUGGUCAGAAAAUGUCUGGAGAAGGCUGCCUUGAUCAAUUACACUCGACUUACAGAAUAUGCCAAAAUAGAAGAGGCCAUGAACCAAGCCACACCUGCUAGAAAACUGGAAGAGGUUCUUCACCUCGCAGAGCUCUGUAUCGAAGUACUGCAGCAAAAUGAAGAACACCAUUCAGAGGGAAGAGAGGCAUUUGCGUGGUGGCCAGAAUUAUUGGCUGAGCAUGCAGAGAAGUUUUUGUCUCUUUAUUCUGUUGAUAUGGAUUCAGCACUUGAGGCACAGCCGCAGGACUCCUGGGACAGCUUCCCACUUUUCCAGCUGCUGAAUAACUCCCUCAGAAAUGAUACAUUUUUGUGCAAUGGAAAGUUUCACAAGCACUUGCAGGAAAUUUUUGUUCCCAUGGUCAUCCGCUACAUCGACCUCAUGGAAUCAUCAAUUGCCCAGUCCAUUCACAGAGGUCUUGAACAAGAGUCGUGGCAACCUGUCAAGAGCAUCACCAACAGUCUUCCUAAUGUAGCUCUUCCAAAAGUUCCAAGUUUGCCUCUUAAUCUUCCACAAAUACCUAGCUUUACUACACCAACCUGGAUGACUUCUAUCAAUGGCUCAGCUACAUCAGAAGAUCUUUUUUGGAAACUGGAUGCUCUGCAGAUGUUUGUUUUUGAUCUUCACUGGCCAGAACCGGAAUUUGCACACCAUUUAGAGCAGAGACUUAAACUCAUGGCCACUGACAUGAUAGAAGCCUGCGUUAAAAGAACAAGAGUUGCAUUUGAAGUCAAGCUGCAAAAGACAAACAAAUCAACAGACUUGCGUAUUCCUUCUUCUCUGUGUACAAUGUUUAAUGUCUUAGUUGAUGCCAAAAAGCAGACAGCUAAACUCUGCAUACUAGAAGGAGGGCAAGAGUUUGCUAGUCAAUGGCAACAGUACCAUUCAAAAAUAGAUGACUUGGUUGAAGAAACUGUGAAAGAAAUCAUUUCACUUCUUGUUUCAAAGGUUGUUUCAGUGUUAGAAGGUGUGCUGUCCAAAUUGUCAAGAUAUGACGAAGGCACUUUCUUCUCAUCUUUAGUUUCAUUCACGGUGAAAGCAGCUGCAAAAUAUGUUGACGUUCCUAAACCAGGGAUGGAUCUAGCAGAUACCUACAUCAUGUUUGUUCGACAAAACCAGGAUAUACUUCGAGAAAAGGUCAAUGAGGAAAUGUAUAUAGAGAAGUUAUUUGAUCAAUGGUACAGCGGCUCCAUGAAAGUCAUAUCUAUGUGGUUGGCUGAUAGAUUAGACCUUCAGCUUCACAUCUACCAGCUGAAGACUCUCAUCAAGAUCGUUAAGAAAACCUACCGAGACUUCCGAUUGCAAGGAGUGAUGGAAGGAACGCUGAACAGUAAAACCUACGACACUGUCCACAGCCGUCUCACCGUGGAGGAAGCCACUGUCUCAGUCACAGAUGCAGGAGGACUUCAGGGCAUUACGAUGAAAGACAGUGAUGAAGAAGAAGGAUGAUAGCGUUUCACCGAGCGUUUGGAGUGCCGGGGUGGUGGUUUGAGGGUGGGGGUUGUCUUUGGCUUAGGAUUUUUUUUGUAACUUGUCCUUGUAGUUGCAUUUAUAGUUUUGCCUUACGACAUAGGCGCUGAAGUGUAAUUUGCUCACUUUUUAAAAUACUGAAAGUAAGAUUAUCAGAGGAAAAGUGCCAAGGACUCUUUGAGAACAAAGGUUGUAGCAUAUUUUAAUGUAUGGCUUUGCUUAGGGCUGCAAGAACACUGGCAUGGAGUUUGAGUUCCACUUGUGAUUAUGUUUCCUCCCCUUUUGUUCAUUACCAUUUGUUCUUGUACCUCCAUCGAAUAUUGAUGUCCUGUGCAGAAAACAAAAUGUGUGCCUCACUUGAAACACAACUAUACAGGAAAUCGUUCUCAGAAUAAGUCAGUGCCCUAGGUAAAAGAAAAAAAGUAAAUAGUGUCUUUUCAGGAUGACACUUUGUUUACUUUGUGUGUGUGCUUUAUUUUACAUAAUUAUGUGAUGUGCAUUAAAAAAUUUAAUCUUGUUUUUUUGUAUUUUGAGGUUGGUAUGUAAGUGGUAGGACUUCAAGGACAGUCAAACCCGUACACACUACUUAGGAGUGCCGUUGUGUCUAUUCAUUUUGCAAGUUUAAAGAUAUCUCAUCGUGUUGGAUGUCAGUAAGCUUGCCAUCAAUGUUUCUAAUUCUGUGAAAAAUUUCAGGCAAUAAGAACACAUUUUGUCGUGACCACUUCUGUAUUUAUCCAAGUUUGUAUAGAAUUCUACAAUUAAAAGAUGUUUUCAAUAUUUCAAACCA